UUCCUGUGUUGCUGCUGCUCGCCCUGCAGCCUGCUGCAACACUAAUGACUAAUGUGGUUUCUUAACACACGGCCGCAUUUCAGUGAAGCUGCCCCUCAACUAGUUUAGACUACAAGUCGUCAAGAUGACUCGGAUCUUCUGGGAUACACUCUUUCUCAUAAGCGGUUCCCUCUUUACAUUUGGAGCAGGGCCGAGCAAUUCAACAAUUAUUGAAGCCAGCAUUUCCAUCAAUUCGAACUCCACUGCUGCUCCGAACACCUCGACAACCACCUCUGCAGCAAACGGCAGCAGAAGCACAACGGCUGCAACAGUUAUUCCAACUACUGCAACCAACAUCCCUCCAGUUAAAACUUCCCUCUUUACAUUUGGAGCAGAGCUGAGCAAUUCAACUAUCACUGAAGCCAGCAUUUCCAUCAGUACAAACUCCACUGCUGCUCCGAACUCCUCAACAAGCCGCUCUGCAACAAGAGGCACAACUACUACAACCACUGCGACUACUACAACUAUCAUCCCUCCAGUUAAAAAGUUUGUGGCAGCGGCUGUUCGGUCUCACUUUGACGACUGUCCAGACUCCCACCGCCAUUUCUGCUUCCAUGGCACGUGUCGCUUCCUGAUUUUAGAGGAGACACCUGCAUGUGUGUGUCAUGCAGGCUUUGUCGGGAUGAGGUGUGAGCAUGCAGACCUGCUCGCUGUAGUAGCAACUAAUCACAGACAACAGACCGUUGCCACAGUGCUGGUGUUGUGUGUGAUUGGGUGUGUUCUCAUCAUGGUGUUGUGUACACUGUUACAUUGCUGGUGGAGGCAGGACUGUCGCAGGAGGAGACACGCACAUCACUACAUCCCAGAGAAGCACGGAGCAUCCUGCUAUCCUUCUGAGAGUGUGGUUUGAGAAGACAUCUUGCUGGAACAUGAGCUGAUUGCAUCACGGCGUGUUUAGUUUUCCUCGUCUUGUCCGGCCCACAAACCCUCAGGAUUGCAUUCAAAGAGGUACUCACAUGUUCUGAUCAAGCAGACCUGGCCAGAGGCGAAGAAGCACCAUCUUCAGUGUGGCUAAGGUAGGCCUGCUCGAUGUGGGAGGUUAAAUGCUCCAUGACAUUUUUUUUUUUUCCCCCACUGACUGCGACCUUUGACCUGAAACACCGUAGGAACAUGUUUACUUCACUAUUUGAUUUUGUGGAAAUACCUGCAGAACUACAACAGUCUGUUAGAAGCUCUGAGGAUGAAGCUGCUGCCAAAUCCUACAUGGGAAGAGCUCUGCGUGUCCUGAUUACUGUUUAUGGCUGGCCUAGAGGACACGAGAAAUGAUCUAGAAGGCCAUUAAUCGUCCUGUGUGGAUGUUGAAUAGGAACACUGUUUAUUUUGGGCUGUGGGACAACAAUCAUUGAAUUAACCUAAGUCAGAAGACCCCAAUUCCUAUUUUUGUCUUUUAAUAACUUUGCACACAUUUCAUCAGAACUCUACAAGCACAGAGGACAUUUUUAAGAAAUUCUGGUGGGGGGGAAAACUGAUGCUUUAAAGAAGUUUUAGUAUCUGUUUUUAAAGAAGGAACUCACUUCACCUGACAGGAGUAGGAAUUGUUUAAUGGACUGACUGCUGUUGUAUUAAAAAAACCCUGGACUUCAAUCUGUAACUGUACACAAAUAUGGUUGUGAGAAAACAAUCAUCCAGGUAUUUUUUUCAAAUGAUUUGACCCCAGUAUUGCUACUGAAGCUGAAAUAUUUCAGUUUUAUUUUUAAUUCCUGAGCUGUUACUUGAACACGUUCAUGCAUCAGAGGUUUUUGAUUUGCAGGCUAUAACUUUAAAGACACAUGCACAUCCUGGGAGGCCACAUUAUUAUUAUUAUUAUUAUUAUUAUUAUUAUUAUUAUUAUGGUCCUAUUGUAUUGUUGCACUUUUCUGCAAGCUUGCUCAUU